AUGGCCCAAGACAACCAUUAUGCUGCUGACACACUGUCAGAAGUCAAUAGUUCCGAACUAAAUGAAGCACCUUCCAAUAUAAUCGUGGCCCUGGGAUGCGAGGAAGCUGCCUUGCCAUCCCCAAUCGACAUCAACAUUAACAACGCCGAACGCAUUGAAUUACCAGCUCUCUCGUGGGAUAAUUAUGAGAAAACCUCUUUGAAAUUUAAACUGAUCAACACCGGAGAAACUGUCAUUAUAAGAGCCAGGUGGGCUGAAGGGGAGCAUCCAUCCAUUCGAGGGGGCCCUUUAGAGGGAACCUAUUUGUUCUCGCAGAUACAUUUCCACUGGGGAAACUCGGCUGUCGAUGGGAGUGAGCAUACCAUCGAUGGGGCGUCGCUGCCACUGGAAAUGCACGUGGUCCACUUCAGCACCAAAUUCAAGGAUCGGAAGGAAGCCGUGAAGCAUGUUGGUGGAAUACUAGUCAUCGUUUACUUCUACAAUCUGAAGUCCGACCCAAACAAAUACAUCGCGCCGGUAAUCUCGAACUUGAAGCAGAUCACUUUCCCGGAUGCGGUAAUCAAAAUAACCCCUUUCCCGAUCCUCAAUCUGUUCCACACAUUCUCCAGUGAGUACUUCACCUAUUGGGGUUCAACGAAAACGGUGGACAGCAGCCAUCCGGUGCUGUGGAUGAUUUCCCGCACUCAGGAGUGCAUGGAUUUCCAUCAGCUGACACAGUUUCGGUGCCUACUUGACCAGCAGAUGCGGGUGAUUCGACGGGAACCGAAACAGGUCGCCAGCCAGGAGGGAAGACAUUUGUUCCACGUGAAUCCACUGACCCAUUACACCAACUCGACGUUGUCCGUUUUGCCGCACUCCAAGUAUAUAAACGAUCGCUGGGUGGUUGACAGGAUGGAUAUCGACAUUGGUGCCCCCGGUGGAUGCAAAGAAUUGAUCGAAGUCAUACAUCGGGAGAUGAGAGAAAGAAAUUUGCAACUUGAUGGUUAGAAUUUGGCCUAUGUGCGCGCUAUAAACUUCAUUCGAAAACUAAUUAAUGAAAUUAAAUUAUUAAAAUAAAGCAUAAUGAAUUUUGAAA